GCUGGAGGGAAAGCAACUGCGGGGGUAUUUCCAUUUUAACAGGGAACAAUCCCUGAACCCAAAGGAAUGAAUCCCUAAUGGUGGCGUUUCAGGCACUGGUGACAGACCUGACGAGUGAGGAGCCACGGACAGGGCUACGACCAAUAAGGCACUCAAAGUCAGGGAAGUCACUGACCCAGUCCCUGUGGCUGAACAACAAUGUCCUCAAUGACCUGAGAGACUUCAGCCAUGUGGUUUCACUGCUUCUGGAGCAUCCAGAGAACCUGGCCUGGAUCGACCUGUCCUUCAACGACCUGACUUCCAUUGACCCUGUCCUGACAACUUUCUUCAACCUCAGUGUACUCUAUCUCCACGGCAACAGCAUCCAGCGCCUGGGAGAGGUGAACAAGUUGGCUGUCCUCCCGCGGCUCCGGAGCCUCACACUCCACGGGAACCCCAUAGAGGAACAGAAGGGGUAUAGGCAAUAUGUGCUGUGCACCCUACCCCGUAUCACCACAUUCGACUUCAGUGGGGUCACCAAGGCAGACCGUGCCACAGCUGAAGUGUGGAAACACAUGAACAUCAAGCCCAAGAAGGUCCGGAUCAAGCAGAAUGCACUCUGA